AAGAAACUCGCGAGUCACUGACACUGAGAGCAGAGAUGGCGCAGAAAGGAGUUGGACUGGAUCGAGAAACCUUUUCUUGCUCCAUCUGUCUGGAUCUACUGAAGGAUCCAGUGACUAUUCCCUGUGGACACAGCUACUGCAUGAUCUGUAUUAAAAGGCACUUUGAUGAAGAGGACAAGAAGGAAACCCACAGCUGUCCUGACUGCAGACAACUCUUCCCAUCGAGGCCUGUCCUGGCGAAAAACACCAUGUUAGCAGUUUUAGUGGAGCACCUGAAGAAGACUGAACUCCAAGCUGCUCCUGCUGAUCACUGCUAUGCUGGACCUCAAGAUGUGGCCUGUGAUGUCUGUACUGGAAGAAAACUGAAAGCCUCCAAGUCCUGUUUAUUCUGUCUGGCAUCUUACUGUGAGAAACACCUUGAACCUCACUAUAAGUCACUUGCAUUUAAACAACACAAGCUGGUGGAUCCCUCCAAGAAUCUCCAGGAGAACAUCUGCUCUCGUCAUGAUGAGGUGAUGAAGAUGUUCUGUCGUACAGAUCAGCAGAUUAUCUGUUAUCUCUGCCCUGUGGAUGAACAUAAAGGCCACGACACAGUGUCAGCUGCAGCAGAAAGGACUGAGAGGCAGAGAGAGGUGGAGGGGAGACGACACAACAUCCAGCAGAUGAUCCAGGACAAAGAGAAAGAUGUGAAACUGCUUCAACAGGAGCUGAAGGCCAUAGCUCCCUCUGCUGAUAAAACAGUGAAGGACAGUCAGGAGAUCUUCACUGAGAUGAUCCAUCUCCUCCAGGAAAGAAGCUCUGAUGUGGAGCAGCAGGUCAGAUCCCAGCAGGAAACUGAAGAGGGUCGAGUCAAAGAGUUUCAGGAGAAGCUGGAGCAGGAGAUCACUGAGCUGAAGAAGGAAGAUACUGAGCUGAAGCAGCUCUCAGACACAGAGGAUCACAACCAGUUUCUACACAACUACCCCUCACCAUCACCACUCAGUCAAUCUACACACUCAUCCAGCAUCAAUAUCUGUCCUCUGAGGAACUUUGAGGACGUGAAAGCAGUUGUGACAGAGCUCAGAAAGAAACUAACUGAAGUGAAUGUUUUACUGUCAUUACCAGAACCAAAGACCAGAGGUGAAUUCUUAAAGUAUUCAUGUGAAAUCACACUGGAUCCAAAUACAGCACACAGAUAUCUGGUACUGACCGAGGGAAACAGAAAAGCAUCAUUUAAGCGUCAACAGUAUUAUCCUGAUCAUCCAGACAGAUUCACUGAUUGUUAUCAGGUCCUGAGUACAGAGAGUCUGACUAGACGUUGUUACUGGGAGGUGGAGUGGAGAGGAAGAGUUGUGGGUGUAGCAGUCACAUACAAGAAUAUCAGCAGAACAGGAAAAGAAAGUGGAUUUGGACGUAACGACAAAUCUUGGUCAUUAGAGUAUUUACGGGACAGUACAUUUUGGUACAACAACAUCCAAACUCCCGUCUCAGCUCGUCCUUCCUCCAGAGUCGGAGUGUUCCUGGAUCACAGAGCAGGUAUUCUGUCCUUCUACAGCGUCUCUGAAACCAUGACUCUCCUCCACAGAGUCCAGACCACAUUCACUCAGCCGCUCUAUGUUGGACUCUGGAUUCGUGAUUGGUUUAAUGGAUCCAGUGCUGAGUUGGUUAAACUGAAGUAGACAGAGGUAACUUCAGGACCAGAGAGUUAAAUCCUGUGUUUCUCUUCAUCAACUUGUUUUCUCUCCAUGUUUGUUGCUGAGUGUUCAUUGUUGUGGUGUUUCUGCUCAGAGAUCAGCUGUCAGUCAAACAUCAUGGCUGCUACCUUGACAUGUUUAAUGGUUGUUCUCCGGAUGUUUCACCACUUUCUUUAGAUGAAGCUCUUACCUGUGUCUGUUUAGCCGUGGAGGAUUUUUCUGAACAAACCCUCCAAGAUCCCUACUCUCCACCAUUCCCAAAGACACUUAAAACAGUAAAACAUACCCCGUCAUUUCUGCAUGCAUCAUACCACAGCAUCUCAAACAUCUCUUGUCCGUAUUUAUUACAAUCAAUGCUCACGGCAUAUGUCCAGUGUUUUAUUUGUCUAAAUUGUAUAUAUUGUCUUUUUUUUCUCUCUAAGUCAACUUUUAUUUA